AGCGUUGUGAGCCUCUCAUUUGGUGUAAGUUGGUUACAUUAGCAAGGAGAAAAGAAGGGAGGAACUCAAAACAAAGCUCUCUAUCUAAUCCUCUUUCUCCAUCCCCGCCGGAGACGCAGCACAAAUCUCCCUGCAAAACAAAUCAAUAACUUAUAAUAAUUACAAUAUGCAGAAUCAAAUGACCACCAUUAGCACCCCCAUUCCUAAUCACCCCCACACUCGCACAACAUUCACCACUGCUAAUAACCUUAAUCAUAACUAUAGUACUAAGCGCAUUAACAAUAACAACAACAACAACAAUAACAAGAACGUUCUUCUUCGUGUCAACGGUGCAGGCCAAGCUUGUGCUGCAUGCAAAUAUCAACGUCGGAAGUGUGCUCCCGACUGCGUUCUUGCCCCUUAUUUUCCUCAUGAUCGCCAACGCCAAUUCCUCAACGCGCAUAAAUUGUUUGGGGUAAGCAACAUUACCAAGAUUAUUCGACACUUAGAUCAACCUCUCAAAGACGAAGCCAUGCGCACCAUCAUCUUCCAAUCUGACGUUCGUGCCAAUGACCCUGUUGGUGGUUGUUAUCGUAUCAUUCGAGACCUGCAACGCCACAUUGAUUAUUGCAAAGCGGAGCUAGAUAUCGUUCUUCAUCAACUCGCUUACUGCAGAGCACAGGCUGUUGCUGCUGCUGCCUCAGAACAACAGAUAUUAGCAGAUCAUCAUGCAACUGAGGAAUCAUUCACUGAAAAUAAUUGUGAUGGCGUCGUGAAUCAGGCAGAUCCGUUGGUGAAUAAUAAUGUAUCUUCGUAUGAUCAACAGACUGUAGACUACCAUCCUCAUAGUUAUUAUAAUCAUCCUAGUUGUCAGCAAGGUGAAGAUGAUCAGCAAUAUGAUGAAAUUCAAGAUGGCCAAUUAGAUUUAGCAGAUAUUAACUUCCCUUGGAGCUUGCAUGAACAAGAAUCCACGUAUACAUCGGCACCUAAUUCUUUGAUGAAGCAACUUUCUGUUCAUGACCAAUGUGACAAUAUCAAGCCUAUUCUGGAGGGAAUUACAGGUUUUGGAGAAGAAGGCCUAAGUUUCGAACAUGACCAAGCUUUUGAUCAACACAGCUAUUCAACAAGGGAACAUAGUCCCAUCGAAGGAAGAGGGUGAAUCCUUUCCACAUGCUCGAAGAUCAAGAUCUAAAGGUGCUGCUACUCUGUUUACCUUCACAAACUGCACUUCGCUGAAUUUUUGUAGUAGAGAGAUCCGCAAGAGGAAAUUUCUUUUGAGUCAACUGACUUCACAAUUUUGCCCGAACUCCCAAUGAGCAGUGCAUAUUUUGUUCUUCCUUUCUUUUAAGUGCCAAACAAUCAAUCGGUAUGCAAAACUAGCUACCAAUUGGUCUGCAGGGGUCUUCACUCAUCGUAAAUUCAUGCAGUUGGAAUCCAUAUGGUUUUACUGAAAAGCAAAGGCACAUAUGCUUAGACAUGUGACAAUAAAUUGGCAGUACUAGAAAUUAGAUUUGCUUAUUUACUUCUGAUUUCAUGAGUCAAAUGAUAGUGGUGGUGUA